ACCAAGUCCAACUUGUCCAUUUCCCUCUCAUAAAAUGGAUACCAAAGUAACAACACUCUUUGUUUUUGUAAUGUUGUUUGCUUCAUGUUCAGCUAUUCCAAGCAAGAAAAAGCAAUACACACCAUGCAAAACCAUGUCCUUUUAUUUUCAUGACAUACUUUACAAUGGAAAGAAUGCAGCAAAUGCAACAUCUGCAAUAGUAGCAGCUCCACAAGGUGCUAAUUUAACAAAACUAGCACCUCAAUUCCACUUUGGUAACAUAGUUGUUUUUGAUAACCCUAUCACUUUGGAUAACAACCUUCAUUCAAAGCCAAUUGGAAGAGCACAAGGCAUUUACAUUUAUGAUAGCAAGAACACAUUCACUGCUUGGUUUGGUUUCACGGUUGUUCUUAACAGCUCUAAUCAUGAAGGAACCAUUAACUUUGCCGGUUAUGACCCGGUUCUGAUAAAAGUUAGAGAUAUCUCUGUGACUGGGGGUACUGGAGAUUUCUUUAUGCAUAGAGGAAUUGCUACUUUUACGUCUGAUACAUUUGAAGGUGAGGUUUAUUUUCGACUUCGGGUUGAUGUCAAGUUCUUUGAGUGUUGGUAAUCUAAAAUUACUUGUAAGAUGUUUCAUUCUUUGAGUGUGUUUUUAUUCAUCUUAUUGCAAUGUUGUUUCGUUUGUUGUUUUGAUGACAUUGUUAGACUUUUCGUAUUGUUGUGGUGUUCGUUUUGAUUUAAAUUAUCAAGCAAGUAUUCAUAUUAAAAA